AGUACAGGAGAGGAUAUGGUGCACACUGAACAACAUAGAAGAAGAAAAGCAGGAAUGAAUGAUCUUUGCAAUUCAAAGUCAUCGCCCAAAGGGUCAGGAGCCGUGCGAAAGUCUCCAUCAAUCAAAGUGAUGUACCCCUUCAGUCAUCAAGUGGGUGGUCACACACAGAUGUUACUACUGGAGCGAGACACUCUUUGUAAACCUCUUAUACAGAGGGAACUUCACUUCUACCAGAACGUACCAAGGGGGAUGAAACGUUUCGUUCCUGAUUACAAAGGUGUCAUACAGGUUCGACGUGUGAAUAAGAAUCCCGAAUUCCUCCAACCUAUUCAGAAGAACAGUGUGGCUUGUUCCAACGAAAACAAUCAAAAACAAGAUCAAAACCAUGACGAUAUAGAAAGGUGGCACUAUGGGACUGACCAACAAUAUAGAGUUCAAGUUCAUAGUUACAAGGAUGAAAUGAUUCUUCUCAAUGAUCCAGUAUCUCAGUUUCUAGUGGAGAAUAAACACACCUCCUCCAAUUAUAGUUAUUUUUUGUUGCUGGAAAAUGUUGCAUCCCACUUUUGUCGUCCCUGUAUCCUCGAUUUGAAAAUGGGUACACGUCAACAUGGAGAUGAUGCGCCUGAUGAUAAACGCUGCCGUCAGAUGGCCAAAUGUGCAGCCAGUACAUCAGCAACUCUAGGUGUUCGUUUAUGUGGCAUGCAGGUUUAUCAAGCGAAUCGUAGGAACUAUGUGUGGAAAGACAAAUAUUACGGUCGGACCUUAGAUGAAUGUGGUUUCAGGUAUACACUUUACCAGUUUUUUCACAAUGGUAUUCAGCUUAAAGUGAGUCUCAUUGACAGAGUCUUGGAGAAGCUCCAAGAAUUGCGAAAAACCAUUGAAAACCAACACUCCUUUCGAUUCUAUUCUAGUUCCUUGCUGGUAUUGUACGAGGGCUGCGAACAUAACAACAACAGUCUAGAUUUUGGCGAUAGAAUUCAGGCUACGUCAAGUCAUAACAUUUCCUAUAAUGGGGAUGAAAAUAUCGAAUUGCACUUUUUAAGAGAGCAUCCAAUCUGUGAUAAAAGAAUUUUGACAUCAGAGCCAUCUCGAAGUCGAAGUUACGAGAUAGACAUCAGGAUGAUUGACUUUGCCCACACAACAUACAAAGGUUACAAGGGGGACACGACUAUUCACAAUGGACCUGAUAAUGGGUACCUUUUGGGAUUAGACAAUCUUGUUCGUAUUCUGCGAGAAGUCCUUAAUAUGAACCAGAAGUAUUCUUCAGCAGCUGUAUGUCAUAGAGAAGAUUUAGUAUAUCAAGGAACUUGA